CCGCCCCGCAAGGUUUCAUUAAUUCUUUCGCAACCAGAAUUUACUUUUUUUGUCUGUUAAAACAGACAAUCACCGUGGGCGACUUGAGGAGUUUUGCGCUCACGUUUGUAUACGAAAAGCUCCUGUUUAGCGAUUGGGGAAACUGAUACUGUUUACCGUGUUAUCGUCGAGGUCAACGCCGUCGUCGUUAUUCCACCCCGGUUUUAGCCUUUACUGUUGUUUCGAGAAAUCGACGACUGCCCGACAACAUCAUGAGCGCCUAUCCCGCCCACGGCGACGCUCCUAGUAAUGGCGACCAUCUGGGUGCGCCCGCUCAGACUGUGGACAAUAAGACGGGCACAGGCACGUAUGUGCACUCUGGAAACGAGUUGCACAACGGCGAGCUUGGGAGCGUGAUUUUGGAACAGGACGCGCAGACCAAGGGACGCUGGUUCCAGUUUAUCAAGACGAAGCAGUUCUGGAUUACCUUGUUGUUAGGCCAGGUCCUCGCCAUCUGUCAGACAUCUACGAACACGCUUACCUCGCUCCUUAAUAUGCAAGGGACUUCGAUUCCGGCUUUCCAGUCCUUGUUCGCUUAUAUUCUGUUGAACCUGGUUUAUACGAGCUAUACAAUCUACAAGUAUGGGUUCAAGAAGUGGCUUCGCCUAGUCAUCUUUGACGGAUGGCGCUUCUUCAUUCUUGCCUUUUUCGAUGUCCAAGGGAACUACUUCGUCGUGCUAGCAUAUCGCUACACGACGAUUCUAAGCGCUCAGCUAAUUGGCUUCUGGGCCAUCGCCGUCGUGGUAAUCAUCUCCUUCCUGCUCCUCAAAGUGCGGUACCACUGGACGCAAAUCUUCGGCAUCCUGCUCUGCAUCGGCGGCGUAGGCAUCAUCUUCGGCUCGGACCACAUCACGGGCAAAUCCGCGUCCAGCGCCACCGACGCCGUAAAAGGCGACUUAUUCGCUCUCCUCGCUGCGACAUGCUAUGGCCUCACCAACGUGGCCGAGGAGUGGCUUGUGUCAGAACGCCCCUUGUACGAAGUCGUAGGCCAACUGUCUUUCUGGGGCAUGUUCAUCAUGGGCACGCAAGCGGGCAUCUUCGACCGCGCGGCUUUCCGCAGCGCAACCUGGAACGCGAAAGUUGGCGGGUAUCUCACGGGCUACACGCUUAUUCUCGCCCUCUUCUACUCGCUUGCGCCUGUCCUGUUCCGCAUGUCUAGCGCUGCUUUCUUCAACAUCUCGCUCAUGACGGGAAGCUUCUGGGGUGUUGCGAUUGGUGUCAAGGUCCUCCAUUUGAGUAUUCAUUGGAUGUACCCGAUUGCUUUUGUGCUCAUCCUUGUUGGCCAGAUCAUUUAUUUCAUGCGCCAUAGUCGGGUUGGUGAGGCGCUGAAGCCGUGGCUGGGUGCACGGCAGGAACGUGGACACGCUGGGCUUGGCACGGCGAAGAGGAGGGUGUUGAAGCCUGAGGUCAUUGUAUAAACGCAUUGACUUGUUACUAGUACUGAGUAGUGGCGGUGAAGCUGGAAUAUUGCUUCGCUCCGCUGCUGGCCAAUGGCGUAGGCGGUUAUGGGAUUUUGGGGGCUGCAACUUGUUGGCGGCUCAGUGCGCCGGACGGGGGAUAACAUACAGGCCCAAUACAUUAAUACUUCAUAUUUCGGCGCGACAAAACAAAUCGUAUAUGCGACGUUCGAAGCUAUAUAUUGCCUAUCGCUUGCCAUUCUUGUAGUUAAAGAGCGUGAUUAAUAUGUCCAUUCCUCCCUCCCUCCACCAACGACCACAGUAUCCAGAGUUGAAGUGUUCCGAGAGAUGCCCUGAGCUAAAACGAGUUCAUCGUUCUGUGUCUCUCCCUUCCCGCUUCAUCUCCACUCCCCCUAGUAAUAGUUGCACCGGGGACUGUACGCCGGGGGAGCAACCCCGUUCGGCUCAGCAAUAAAGAUGACAUCGGCGU